AUGACUUCACCACUUCCUGCUGAUUGCCUCCGAGAAAUUUUCGAAAUCUUUCAGGAUGACAUGUUCACCCUGCACUCUUGCAUACUUGUCAACCGACUUUGGUGCGAAGUUGCCGCCCCCUUAUUUUGGAGAAAGACUGUAAAUCUACGGCUAGCCGGUGACCAAACGAUAGGUUCCCUGUUUCGAACCUGGAUAUCCUGUCUUCCGGAGGGAUCGAAAAGGACGCUCUCAGAUCAUGGAAUCAUAAUAACAUCUCCGACCACUCAUCCGCCAUUAUUCGAUUAUCCCGGAUUUUGUCGGUCGCUCUCCUAUGGUGAUGUAUUGACCAUUAUCAACACUGCCAUUGGUCAACGUCAAAUCGGUGGUUCAAGGAAUUUAUACAACAAGCAUUUGAUCAAGCAAGAGCUCUUCAAGGUGUUUGUCAGUCAUUGUCCAACGAUUGAUUUUCUGGACAUCUCCGAAUCCACGCAAUUUGAUUUACCAUUGCCUUACUUUCCCGGUGCCGAAAUUUGCUUUUCGAAACUUCGCAAAUUACACUGCAAUUCUUCGACUCCACCAUGGAUGUUCUACCGAAUGGCACAAAUUUGCAGAAAUCUAGAGACCUUGGUUUGCAUGCAUACCCCGAUAGAUAACGAUGGUCUGGCUACCCUGAUCGAAGUACAGUGUAAUUUGCAACGAUUGGAGUUUCACACACGCACAGAGAUCUGCGGUCAAAAACCCUGUCCAAGUAUCGAACGUGCUCUACGAUCAUGCACGGAUUCUUUGGUUCAUUUAAGCCUAAGAGGUGAUUACAUGAACAUUCCAGCGGCCGCGAUUUCAGAGUUUGAUAAUUUAAAAAUACUCGAUCUCCAUUUCUCUGGUAAUAUUAACAAGGAGAUAUUGGAGAAUUUGGAGUUCAACGCCUUUCCGCAACUAGAGGUUCUAAGAAUGGGUGGGAAUCUUGCCCCAUUGGAGAUGAUACAAAGACUAAUUCGAAGAACCGGAGGAAACCUUAAGGUUGUUUCCUUGUAUGGAUGGGAUAUUCCAAAGGAGGAAAUUGUGCGAAAAUUUAACAAUGACAUCAUCCCAAAAUUUUGUCCAAAACUUCAAUGCUUGACAACUUGGUGCACCGAAAAAAAUUUCAAGGAUAUAGAAAGCAUCCUGUGUGCUUGCCCUCAUCUAGAAGCUCUGUCUCUGAGAAGCCUUCCGAUAGACGGAUACGGCAUUUGGUCACAGGUUGAUGGUGAUCCUUUGUUCCAACUAUUGGCAAACAAGGCUCCGGAAAAUUUUUCUAAAUUAAGAAUAGGAGGCGAGUGGAGCUUCGGUCCUCAAGCAUUGGCAACUUUUCUAUCGAUCAGGAAGAUAAAGGAAAAAUCAUUUACAUUAUGUGUUUGUGAUUGCUAUGACGAAGCCGACGCCUUAAUUGAGGUCACACCUAAACACGAUGAAGUUAUAAAUAAUUAUAGAGAAUGUGGAAUAUUAAAAUACAAGUAUGAGUUUGAAUUCAUUGGUGAAUUCGAUUAA